GUCAUCUCUAGGAAACGCUACAUAUCUUGUCCUCCCUCCACUUCGAUGUACCCCCUGAAAAUGCCUUGAUCGUCCAAAUUCCGUCCAUCCAGCCGUCCCUCAUUCUCUCCCGCUGUGGCAAUGCAACCACAGGUCGAUGGACGUGGAGAGGCUCUGUCUCUGCAAUGUUCCUACGCACCUAUCGCCGCUCUCCCCGGCGCCGUCUCUUCCGAUUCCUCUUCUAUCUCCUCACCAUCUUCCUCUGCUAUGAUCUCCUGACCAUCCUCAAACACCACCGUGAAUUCUCCCGAAGCCUCGAGGCCCAUACCUAUACCGACAUUGCUACCCUUCCUUCUCCUGUCAAGGAUCAAAAAAUCUUCAUCGUUGCUCAGUUCUGGACCAGUGCAAAGGUCAUCCAGGAUCGAUGGGGCCAGGCCUUGUUGGAUUUGAUCCGAACACUGGGCAAGGAGAAUGUUUAUGUGAGCAUCUAUGAGAGUGGUAGCCUCGAUCGGACUAAAGACGUCCUCAAAGUCCUCGACGACAUUCUCGCCGAGAACAAGAUCUCACGCUCUGUCAUUCUUGACCCCACGACUCAUGCCGAUGAAAUCAAUGUCGGUCCAAUAGAUCGACAAGGCAAUCCACGCUCAGGCUGGAUACAGACCACUACCGUUGGCGUGGGCAAAGAGUUACGCCGAAUUCCGUAUCUUGCUCGCCUCCGCAACACUUCCCUGAAACCACUGUUUGAUCACAAGGCACAAGGCAUCACCUAUGACAAGAUCCUCUAUCUCAAUGACGUUGUCUUCAAACCAUCAGAUGUCCUCACCCUCCUGGCCACCAACCAAGGAUCCUAUGCCUCGGCCUGCGCCAUGGAUUUCCAUUAUCCUCCCGCCUACUACGACACUUUUGUCCUACGUGACAGCCUCGGUGACAGCACCGUCAUGAAGACUUUUCCUUUCUUCCGUUCCCAAGAAUCCCGUGAGGCCAUGCUUCAAGGCCGACCUACCAAAGUUCAAUCAUGCUGGAACGGCAUGAUUAUUCUAGACACAGCUCCCUUCUAUGAAGGCCUCAGAUUCCGUGCUCUGUCCGACAGUUUGGCUUCCAAACAUCUCGAGGCGAGUGAGUGCUGCCUGAUUCACACAGAUAUGGCCGCCAUGGGCGCCACCAGCAAGGGCAUUUACGUCAAUCCUUCUGUCCGAGUAGGCUAUACCGUCAACGCCUACAACUUGACCCAUUUUGGGCCUGAUCAAAAUUUCGUAUCAGGGACCCAAUACCUAGCAGGCGUUUGGCUCAACAGACUCAAGCGUAAUGUUAUCGCGAGAGUAUCCACGACCAUGAAAGAGACGGAUCGAAAAGUGGCCCAGUGGAAAGAGGAUGCUUCCAACUCACUAGAGAAGCGGGAGGAAAACGGCCAGAUUUGUAUUAUUGAUGAACAACAUAUUUUGAUCUGGAAUGGCUGGAAACAUGUAUGAUAAGACAAAAGUUGAAUGCUGGUAUAAUGAGACUCAACAUUGGAGCCAACCUAGAACUUGCUCAUCCUGGAAUGGUACCGC